AUGAAGAUAAUUGAAGGUGGGCUGAAGCGGGAUGGUGUCUGGAACAUCUUAUCAUGCGGGAUGAGUGAAGAGGAGCUCCUACGAAGAGCAGCAGAAGAACGGGCAACCAUUGUAAGCCGUUACAAACAUGGCAGAGAAAAUGGGGCUCAAAUUGAUCCAUGGGAAGAUCCAGGCUUCGAGAUUUAUCAUGUUACAGAUCGUCAUGGAUUCAUCCAUGACAAACGGUUGCCAUCAAAAGUUGACUCAGAGAAACGCCAGAUUCAAGUGGAAAUGGAACGAGUUAAAAAAUGGCUCAAAAUGCUGCAUACUUGGGAAACGGCUGUCAACACUGAAAAAAUGCGAAGACGUUUAUAUAAAGGACUCCCAGAUUCUGUCCGUGGGCAGGUUUGGAGACAAUUGCUUCAGCUUGAUAACGUCAUGAAAGAACAGAAGGGAAAAUAUCAGGAAAUGUUGCUGUUGGCUUAUCGUUGGUCACCAGAUAUACGUCAAAUAGAUCUGGAUGUUAAUCGCACGUACCGUGACCAUAUAAUGUUUAGAGAGCGGUACGGCAUUCAACAACAGGCUCUCUUCAAUGUUUUGUCUGCUUAUAGUGUGUACAACUUGGACAUCGGGUAUUGCCAAGGCAUGUCCCAGAUAGCAGCACUACUGUUAAUGUACAUGAAUGAGGAAGAUGCUUUCUGGGCUUUAUCUGUGCUCAUAGCAGAUAAAAAGUACAGCAUGCAUGGUUUCUAUAUUCCUGGAUUUCCUAAACUUCUUCGUUACCAAGAACAUCAUGAUAAGAUUAUGAACAAGUUUUUGCCCAAAUUGAAGAAGCAUUUGGAUAGAAAUGGUGUGGAUACUGGAAUUUAUACUUUAAAAUGGUUCUUUCAGUGUUUUCUUGACCGGGUUUCUAAACUGCAAACUAGCUGUAAGUCCCCUGAGAAUACUGAACUUCAGAAUGUAAUUCGGGAUGUGAGAGGCCAAAUUCAGAUAAAAAUUCAUUGGAAAUCUUUACCUUUUCAUAGUCAAGAUAUUGUUUUCAAAUUGAAAGGGAAACAGCACUUCCAAAACAUCCAAAAAUGGUACACCUCUGGUUACAGCUUUUACUUGGAUACGUCAGAGGUUUAUGUACCCUUUACACUUACAUUGAGGAUUUGGGAUGUGAAAUUAGAAAUUGAUUUUGGUUUUGAUGAUGAUGUGGUUAUGAUGAAUUUGGAACAAAACAUGUCCAUCCUAAAGCGUGCAAAGUUAGAUUAUGCUGGGCCUCCACCGCAGCUUGAGCUUCCCAAGCAACCCUUUGGCCUUUUCACUGAACCGACAUUUGAGCGCAAAGUGGGAAGGAGGAGCAAUGAGUUCAGUGCUGUUGAGCGGGCUGCAAAGGAUAGUGUUGUUUUGAGAAGAGAUGCAGCUGUUGCUGAACACUCUACCACUAGUGGGAGCAAGGAUUCCAGAAUAUCUAUAGGUGAUGGUUUAAGUGGUUCAAAAUUCUCAUUUGAUCCAAGUAUUGAUGAUGCAAGCUCUCUACUUGACUGCCAUCACAGUAGUUCACGGCGAUCAUUGGCUGACACAAGUGUGACUUCCACAGCAGAUUUAUCUGUCUUUUCAACUACAACACGGUCACAAGUCCUUGAUAACAGUUUGGACACUCAUAGUAAUGCAUCUGAUGGUAGUGGAGAUGGUGCCAGUUCGGUUGGGUCAGGAAUUGGUCACACUAGUGUAAUUCAGCGAGGUGCAUCAAGUCAUUCCACCCCUCGUGCUACUCCUCAUGCACCUAGCCCAGAUAUUGUGAGAAUAUAUGUUCCAUAUUCAUCAAUAACAACCACCCCUACAGCAUCGCCACAAAACGGUGAUGUCCCUAGGUCACUUCCUAGACCUCUCCAUGACCAAAAUAGAAUUCGUAUUCGAAUUGAUAAUCAAGAUGAGCAGACCCCUGUUGUGGAACAUGGACAGUUUAUCAGACCAUUUCACGUUGAAAGUUCUGAAAUAGACCUCAAGUGAAAGAGGAACAAAUGUACCUGUAUAGAACUACACUUUUCUGGGGUGGCUGUUACUGCCAGUUCACUUAACUUUCUCAAAUUUGUUCAAAGAAAUUGAAGUAAAGAAAUGUGUACAUAGAAAAAAGUUUGUGUGAUUUGUUGCUAAGUGGUUGAGUCAUCUGUACAUUAAUAGGAUAUUCUUUUUCAGAAGGCCAACUUUCUAAAAACUUCGAUGCAGUCAUAGUGCAGACAUUUAUUUUAUUUGCAUGUCGGAUUGCAUUUUUACCAUCUUAUUUCAGGGAAGGUAGUGGUUCUUUAGUUGACCAAAGAAUCACUCAAUUGUUAAAAGAGCAAUACGCAUGGUCUUUGCUAAAGAUGUGAUCUAUUAUCUGCACAACUAGUGUCGUAUAUAUAAUGUUUGAUGCCCAUAUAAGAAGCCUGUUGGUGCAUUUCUUGUUCUAUAAGCAGUAAAAAUGUCAAAGAAGUAUAUUGUUCAGCAUUAUAUUAGAAGAGGACUCAUGAAAUUAAUAUCUGUUUCCAUAUUUGAACUUUCCAAAGGGCCAAUGGUUUGUUCCAUAAUGAAAAUAAAAAUUAAUGAAAAUGUUAAUAUCUAGUGCUAUAUGAGCAUAGAGUUAAUAUAUUUAUUAAACAUACACAGCAAAUUCGCUGUCUGAACAUUUUCCCACUUAUCCAUACAUCUGCAGAAAAAAGUUCCUUUUCCUCUUGUGACAUUAAAUCUUUGAGUGCCUGCACCAUUUUUUGAUGCUCAAUUGCUUAAAAUCCUGAAGUUAAUACGUAUCUUUGUUUCACUAUUUGGAGAAGUUCAUAGCUGGAUUGAGAGAAUACUUCCAAAAAAUUUUAUUUUGUUACCAUGGUUUCGCGCUUCUUCUGUUAAUGUCUCCUAUGUACAGUUGCUGGCUAAACACUUAUCCAUAUACAUCCAUGAGAUUUCACAUUGUCAUUUUUGGCACAAAGAGAAAGUCCUGCAGUUUUACAGCCUCUGUGAAGUUCCUGCUAUAACCCAGUAUGUAUCUCUGCCUGUAGCCAAAGACUACAGUUUUACUUUUUGUUCAAUUAUUGGUUUAAUUGUUGUCGGAACAUUGCAAGUUUAUAGUACAAGUUGUAGCUCCAUUCUCCAGCAGUGGAAACUAAAUGCACUGCGAACUUGGAGUAAAGUAAAGCAAUCAACCACGACCCAGUUUACUUGAGUAAUUACCAGUCUUCAAUAAUGUUAGUAUUUCAACUCCUGGAUAUGAUUAAAUAAUUGAAGUUUUACUUUCCAUAGCAACAGACUAAUAUACUAUUUGACUAAAGUUAGGUGUUAGUCGUGUUUGCUACAUACAAUUCAACUUUGGUUUUAAUCUUGUCCAAGACACUGCGACUUAAUACCAGUUUAUUAACAGGAUACAAAUGUCUGGAUUGUAAUUCAUUUAUGCUUCACACUGCAGCAUCUUUGGUAGUAAUGUACAAUAGGAUUUAAGUAUCUGGAAUGUACACGAGAUGCCACAGGAGAACUCCUGGUCUGUCCAAGCCUUCCCAACAGGGUGCUCUGAUAUGUUACAGUGGCUUGAGGGUUGGUGUUACGAGUCAGCAGGGGAACAGGCAGGCCCUCAAUAUCGUGAAGCCAUGAAGUAUCUGUUCUACCCAUGUCGAGAGUCAAAUUGAAAGUUUUAGAAAUGAGUUGUAUGCUGCUACUUAAUCUGGAUUUUAUUUACUCACAUAAAGCCCAAAAUUUUAUCGACUAAAAGAGUGUGAGAAAACCUAAUAAAACCAGUUACAAUAAAUUCUACUUUUCACCUUAUUCUUGAUUUGAUGAUGAUGGGUGUGGGAAGAGUAGGGGUUCAUAACAGUUUACCAAAUGUAUCAAAUCCAUUUAAUCUUUGGUUUUUUGACAUUUUGAAGUAUUAUUGUCAGCAAUGCUAACAAUCCUCAUUGAUACAAAGAAAUAAUAAAAAUGCAUUAAGUAUUGAUUUUCAUAAUUAUGUAGCGAUUUCUCAGGAAAAUUAUUUUUUUCUCACAGUUGCAUUCAAUGAAGCCCAGACAAUCAUCCCUUUUUUUCCCUUCGUAUUCUUUAUUCUACAUUCCAUUUGAAGGUCCAUUGUGUGAAAAUUGAAUUUUUACAAGAGUGGUUUGUAAGGGAAGUAACAUAGUAGGUUACCCAAGUAGGUGAAAGAAUGUUACAAUUUUAAGUGUAAUGAUUUUGUCUAAAAUGUGCUAUGUCAUAGACGAGAGGUUUGAGUACCAAGUUGUGAAUAGCAAUCGUGUGUUCAACAUUUAUUUCAUGUUUCCAAAUUAAAAGGAUUCAUUAAUUAUUUGUAUGUUCUUUGUGAAAAUGAUUUAUUAAUAUGCAAUAAUGCUGUACACUCAAUACUCUCCUUGUUUCUGUAAAUUGAAUCAAAAGAGAGAGAAUGUUUAAUGUCGCAAGUCCUAAUUAAAAUGACUCUUCCCAACUAUUGGUGGGCAAGGGCCAUUUAUUACUGGUCAACUAUUGGUUUCCAGCAUGAAGGUACAACACUGGUGAGAACAAGGACGAUUGAAGAGAGCUUUAAACGAUACUUCAAAAGGCCUCGGACAAUGUGUUCCUGCCACAUGAUUCUAUUCGUGUUUUGGUCACGAAUAGUCGCUAAUACGUAAAUUAGUAUAAUAUACAAAUACUAACUUCAUUUCACUGACAAAUGUUAAUGCACAACUUUGUGAAUUUUGAAGUUGUGAUAAAGUUCUUGAACUAAUUAGGAGUCGGUGCCUUCUUUGUGUACUGCAAUGCUCAAAUUAUUGCUGAUGUGGAUGCAGCAAUGCUACACAUUAACAUCCCUUGCAACUUGUGUUGGAACCUUGAUCUUGCAUGCCCUAAUAUCCUAGAGUUAAAAUAGUGAGAAGAUUCUUUGAAUAAAAAGUACCUUCUUGAGGGCAAGAAAGUAAAAGGGGGAAAUAACCAUAAAAAUAUGCUAUACCAGGUCAAAAAAAGUGUAAUAAUAAUUAAAUGAAAAGAAAACAAUUAAAAUGACAAUACUGUGAAUACAUAAGUAUGCCUUCUCUACCUGAUUUUAUUCGACAGUUACAAAAUGUUUACAUUAAAAAAAUGUUCAUGGUUAAAGAUACUACUUCAACUUUUCAACUACUUAAACAAAAUUUAUUAGAAAUUGUGAAUAUGGUUAAAAAAAUUAAUAUCGUGUAACGGAAGAGGGAUGCUUGUUCUUCGAAAGGUUUGUUCAGUACUCGUAUAUGUUCUUAAAUGUUAAUUUUCCCGGUCAGAAAUUGUUUCGAGUUUUCGCUUUUGUGCACUGAUUUACACUUGUGCAGAAAAGUACUAGUUUAUUAUGGUAGUUAUGCUACGUUGACUUGUCAUUUAGUAAAUGUGUAUUCUGAAUUUGAUGAAAUAGACUAACGGAAAUGAACUGCAGGCUACCGUGAUGGUCUCGUUUGAAUGUGACCAACGUGUUUCAUCUGCCGCCUACUGAAAACGUUUCGGGGGUUACACGGAGGCCUUUAAAGUAUUUCUGCAGUGACGAUGAAGCUAUUCGGAGCUUUAGUGACCG